AUGGAGGUCGAGAUCAAGCUCCGCCUCCCCGACGCCGCCGCCCACCGCCGCCUCGCCUCCUUCCUCGCGCCCCGCCUCCUCCGCACCGACGCCCAGCGCAACCUCUUCUUCGACGCCGCCGCGCGCCCGCUCGCCGCCGCCACCGCCGCCCUCCGCAUCCGCCUCUACGGCCUCGAAGACCAGCCCCCCACCCGCGCCGUCCUCGCGCUCAAGCGCCGCCCGCGCCUCGAGGCCGGCGUCAGCCGCGUCGAGGAGGUCGAGGAGCCGCUCGACCCGGCGCUCGCCCUCGCCUGCGCCCACGACCCCGCCCGCCUCGGCGGGGUCGACUCCCCCAUCGUCCGGCUCGUCGCCGACGAGUACGGCGUCGGCGGGGGCUCCGCGCCCUUCGUCUGCCUCGGCGGGUUCCGGAACACCCGCGGCGUGUAUGAGCUCCAGGAGGGCGAGGGGCCCCGGCUCGUGCUGGAGCUCGAUGAGACGCAUUUCGAUUUCGGCACCAACUACGAGCUCGAGUGCGAGACGGCCGACCCGGACCAGGCCAAGGAGGUCCUCGAGCGCCUGCUUACGGUCGCUGGGGUGCCGUAUGAGUACUCGCGGAGCAACAAGUUCGGCUGCUUCAUGGCCGGGAAGCUGCUCCCGUAACUAGGUUUGUCAUCUUACCAUGUCUCGACUGAUUAAGCAGUCAUUGCUAUCAAACUUGUGUGCCAGUAACACACCUUCUU